AGGUAUCUUCAAGUUAGUAUCCCAAUAGGAUAGAGAUGCUGUUGCUCCUGCUUGCGGCCCUGCUCGCGCCUGUGUUGGCGGUAGACUACCCUGGCGGUUGGUUGCCGGAUGGUCAGCAAUGCGUGGACAUCUGUGUACACGCAUCACCGAGCCCAAUCUGCCCGACGCAUGACCCGUCGUGCCUUGCUAAGAAGCAGCAGCCUGGAGACUACGACUUCCUGGUGCUGGAGCUGCUCUUCCUCCCGCAGUUUUGUCGCGACCUGCUGGCUGGUGUUGAUCUCACGAUAUCACACCGCAACGUGAACAAAUACCCACACGGCAUCGUGUGUGAGCCUUCUAAGGCUGUCAGCAAACUCUCCAUCCACGGCCUUUGGCCCAACUAUUACGCCGGCUUCUCUGCCUGCUGCAACGUCAGCGACACCAUCCGCAACCAGCCAUUCGACGCACUGGGUUUCGCUGCAGAGUCGCCAGAGCUGCUGAGUGAGAUGGACAGAGUCUGGGUGGACCCUACACAACCGUCGAGCUUCCACACGCUGUGCGAGCUGUACAAUCACGAGUUCCAAAAGCAUGGACUCUGCUAUGCCGCCAAUGGUGGGGAUGAUUUCAGCCUCAGUGCACGGGAAUACUUCAGGGCGGCAAUGCGUGCUGCGGCGGUAUACAAGGAUGCCACAGAGACGAUAAAUGGGUGGGCGAUGUCCAGCGAUCCGUGGACGACGCUGCCUGCGAUCACAGCGCUUUACCAGACACGUGUCCAGGUAUUGUGCUCGGCUGUCGCACCAUUCGAUGGCAGCAAUUGGGGCGGGUCUGGUAACAGUCUGGCUGCUAUCCAUGUGUGCUUCAGCAAACCAACCAAUGCUUCAGCAUCUCUGACUCCGAUUGACUGCAAGAUUCCGACUUCGACCGCUGUCUUUAUUCCUUGCAAUCCUGGGGUCCCCAUCACGCUUGCCAAGUAUACCCCGCCUUCGACAUCGUUGCCAAUUGUUACUUCGGACUGUGGAGUGCGAGAAAAUUGUACUUGAUUGCUGAAGUUAUUUACCAAGGUUAGGCAAGUUACAAAGUGCAAUCCAAGACACCAUCGAGUUUUUUUUAUUAUUAAGACUAAGCUUAAUCCUACUACUAUAACAGUACUACUAGAGUGAUACUAUGAAC